UCUCCUUUCUUCUCUUUCCUUUUUUUUCUUCUACCAAAUCCAUCUACUUCUAUCAAAGGAAGCACUAGAGUGUUAUAUAUUUCAUGUCGAGAGAAAGGGAGAGAUUAGUGGAUGAGAUUGUUGGGAAGAAGUUAAAGAUAGAGAAUAUUGAUGCAUCAUCAAAGUUGUUACAUAUUCAACAAAUUGUGGGAAAGAGACAUCAUAUAUUAGAGCCUUCAUGCACAAAAUUGAAUACUAUUAUCCCUUGUGCUGCUUGUAAGCUUUUGAGAAGAAAAUGUGCUGAAGAAUGUCCAUUUUCUCUUUAUUUCUCCCCUCAUGAACCACAAAAAUUUGCUGUUGUUCAUAAAGUCUUUGGUGCUAGCAAUGUUUCUAAGUUGCUCAUGGAGGUGGCAGAAAAUCAAAGGGCAGAUGCAGCAAAUAGUUUGGUAUAUGAAGCAAAUGUGAGGCUAAGGGAUCCAGUAUAUGGAUGCAUGGGUGCAAUUUCAUCUUUAAAUCAGCAAGUUCAAUCUUUACAAGCUGAGCUUAAUGCAAUAAGGGCAGAAAUUUUGAGAUAUAAAUAUAGAGAAGCAACAAAUAGUCUUGUUAAUAUUGCAUCUACCGGUGUUGGGGCGGCCGUGACCUUGGCUGAGCUGCCCCAGGCUCCUUCUACGCCCACUCAUCCACCACGGCCACAGCCGCCCCAAGAGUCAGUGGGUGUUGUUGUCCCUUGUUGUUCGUCGCCUUCUUUAGGUCCGCCUUUGUACCCAACUCUUUCUAGUGGAGACAACUUUAGUGCCAUCCACAAUAGUAAUAUACCUUAUUUUGACUAGCAUAUGUGAUGAUUGAUUCCGAACUGAAUUCAAGUUUUAGAGUUGGUGAAUUCAAAAUAAGUAUGUGACUUAAUGUAUGUAUACAUUAGUUUGAAUUGAAACUUGUGAGUUCA